AUGAAUCUCUUGAAGGCUUUAGCACUCCUGGUGGGUAUUUACCAGGUCUUCAACUAUCUGUUCUACGCAUGGUUGCCUAGAAACUAUAUUUUUGACAAAGAGGUGUUGCAUUCGCUUUCUGUCGAUGCUAUCAGCAGACAUCCGGAUGGAAACGUGACGGCUCUCCUCGAGGACUUAGCUGUUUCACUCAAGAACGAGUAUGGCAGCUUGAUCAAUGACUUGAAUUUCGAAGAUUGGGUCUACAACAAUGCCGGUGGUGCCAUGGGCUCAAUGUUCAUUCUGCAUGCCUCGAUCUCCGAGUACGUGAUCUUCUUUGGAACAGCCGUUGGAACUGAGGGUCACACUGGUGCUCAUUUUGCAGACGAUUAUUUCACAAUUCUCGCAGGUGAACAGCAUGCCGCUUUUGCCUCCAGCUUGGAGCCAGAGAUCUACAAGCCGGGUGAUCAACACCAUCUUCCCAAGGGCUAUAUCAAGCAGUAUGGAAUGCCUGGUGAAAGUUGGGCCUUGGAACUGGCCCAAGGCUGGAUCCCUGCCAUGCUUCCAUUCGGGUUCCUUGACACUUGUUCUUCGACCCUGGACUUUGUGACUUUCGGAAAGACCGUUUAUCUGACCGCCAGGGACAUGAUCAGAAAUCUGAUUGCAGGAAAAUUUUAG